UGUACCUCUGUGAGUGACUGUUUAUAAGUAAUGUCCUCUGCUUCCCCAAAACUCAAGUUACUAAGGGUUAUGACUUUUCUCCUUGAAAACGCUGUAAACUCUUGGAGGUUAGAUCUGUCUUUAGUUUUCAGUGUGUCACUUUGUAGCUUGUAGGCACUUAGUGAAACUUGAUCAGAUGAUGGAGUUGCAGUGGGAGGGACUGACCCCAGCCCUUGUCAUUUCAGGUGCCUGUGACAUUUGAUGACGUCUCCAUCUACUUUUCCACUCCAGAGUGGGAAAAAUUAGAAGAAUGGCAGAAGGAGCUGUACAAGAAUAUCAUGAAGGGCAACUAUGAGUCCCUCGUCUCCAUGGGUGAGGCUGAAUUGGCGCCUUUUGAAGGAGGGGCCGGCAGCUCCAGGGAGCUCAGGGCUGUCCCCCUCCUCCACAUCCUCAUUGUCACUCUGUCCUCAUGUACUUCAGAUUCUCCUUUGAAGCCAGAGAUGACCAGCUCAUCCUUAUUGACUAGGAAAUCCUGUCUCUCCUUUUGCCCAGUCAGGACAGAGAGUGAAGGUCAGGGUUUCCAUGGCACCCUUGGAAGGAGCUUGAUUCCCCCUGGGGCACACUGCCACUCUGACGCAGUAGCAGUGGCAGGCAGGCAGUGCUGAAGGAGCCCGUGUGCCUUGGCCACAUAUUACAUCUCCUCUGAGCGGCUCUUCUGGAUAGAUGUCAUCGCAGUGGGAGGCAGAUGGAUGGGAAUGAGUGGUAUGGAGUCCGAAAGAAAUUCCCUGGGACUCUGCAUCUCAGCCUUGAUGGGGAUUAAGUUGUCCUCAUCAGUCUUCUCUUUGUCAUGCCCCCUCCCCCUUUUUCCUCUCCUAGAUUAUGCCAUGAGUCAACCUGAUGUCUUAUCUCAGAUUCCACCAGAAGGAGGACAUAACACUAGGGGCCAGGCGGGGCCAGAGGAAAGUGAGAUGCCCGCAGACCCCAGUGAAGAACCUGGUAUUUCCACAUCAGAUAUUCUGUCUUGGAUCAAACAAGAGGAGGAGCCUGAGGCUGCGGCUCCACCAGAGUCCAAGGAGAGCGACCUGUACCCAAGUGCCUAUGGAGAGGGGGAGCUAGUGGUCAAAGCGGAAGACCUUGCUGGCGCGCCCCUGUGCCCUGAGGUUCCCGUCACCUUCCCCUCUCCUUCAGCAACCACGGCAAAGGACGCUUUCCCAGAUGUGACUUUCAAAGGCCAGCAGUCUGCACCCAUGACGUCCUUCGGACGUCCAGCUGCUGACCUGGCUGAAGCCUCUGAGGGACCGGUGACCUUCACCCAGUUGGGGAGCUACCCCCUGCCGCCGCCCCCCGGGGAGCAGGUGUUCUCAGGACACCACUGUGGCAAGAGCCUCGGCCGGGAGGCGGCGCCGACCCACGAGUGCAGCCAUGCCGGAGAGUGCCCCCCGCCCUGCGCCCAGUGCCCCAAGCACUUUCCACAGCCCGCUGGCCUUGGCAGCUCCCAGGACCCUGCCCGCGAGCCCCCCCCCACGUGCCCACACUGUGCCCGGACUUUCACUCACCCGUCUCGGCUCACCUACCACCUCCGGGUGCACAGCAGUGCCGAGCGCCCCUUCCCCUGCCCCGACUGCCCCAAGCGUUUUGCCGACCAGGCCCGGCUCACCAGCCACCGCCGAGCCCAUGCCAGCGAGAGGCCCUUCCGCUGCACCCAGUGCGGCCGAAGCUUCAGCCUGAAGAUCAGCCUCUUGCUGCACCAGCGGGGCCACGCACAGGAGCGGCCCUUCUCCUGCCCCCAGUGCGGCGUCGACUUCAACGGCCACUCGGCGCUGAUCCGCCACCAGAUGAUCCACACGGGCGAGCGCCCCUACCCGUGCGCCGACUGCAGCAAGAGCUUCAUGCGCAAGGAGCACCUGCUGAACCACCAGCGACUGCACACGGGCGAGCGGCCCUUCCCGUGCGUGCACUGCGGCAAGAGCUUCAUCCGCAAGCACCACCUCAUGAAGCACCAGCGCAUCCACACGGGCGAGCGGCCCUACCCCUGCACUCACUGUGGCCGGAGCUUUCGCUACAAACAGACCCUCAAAGACCACCUGCGGUCGGGCCACGGUGGCAGCUGUGCGGGCGAUGGUGAUCCAUCCACACAGCCGCCUGACCCGCCUGGGCCCCUCAUAACUGAGCUCGAGACCCCUGGCCUGGGUGUUAACGAGGCCAGCCGUUGGUAUGGGGAAGGGAGUGGAGGAGGGGGUUUGUGAUUGUCAUUUCAUGGUUCCCCAAGCUCACAGCAGGCAGAAAGUCCGAGAAACCCCAUGAGCCCCUUGCCCUGCAAUGAUGAUUACCAGGCAUGUCAGUGAAUUUGAGGUCCUAUACGUCUGACCCGACGGGCUGGAGUUCUGGAACUUCACCACGUUAUAGGAACACUACAUUUUGAAGCCCAGAGAGACCUGGAAAGGAGCCCAACAUCCCCAUCUUUUCAAAGAUAUCACAUACGCAGGAGAUAGAAGAAUGUUGCAGAGAGGCUGAAAAGCAAGAUGUGGCCACUGGUAAUCCAUCAGGGGGUAACAGGCUAGUGACAGAUUGCAACUCUGGGUAGAGACUGGUACGUGAGGAGUGCCUCCAAAGCUCGAGGCCGGUCAUGAGACAUGAGAAAGAGUAACUAAAGCUUUUCUGUAAUUCCUUGAUAGGUAAGGUGGUGGUUGGAAGAAGGUGCUUGUUAAGUCUCUGUUAUGUUACUUCCAUGCUUCUCUUGAUUCCACCUGAGAUCUGUUCACAAACCUGUGUAGCUGCCUUUCCCUAAAACGUGCUAACUCAAAACUAAGUUUCCUAGGUUAAUUCUUCUAAUAUAUUGUGUUUAAUACUGGGUGAACAAGAAAUCUGACUUUAAAAGCUUUUUAAGGAGAGCAGUUCUUUACUUUCACUGGCUUGAUUUGAAGCGUUCAGGCUCGUAACUGGCGUUUAAACUUCUAGAUACCUCUGCCAAGGUCCUGGUUAAGAAAUUGGUUAAGAAAGUGUUCUCAGCCCCAGCUUUAAAAGCUAGAGAUAUAAAAUAGCUAGCAUAUCACUGACAGAACAGCCUGAAAACUUGUGUCUGAACCGUGUUUCUUAAUCACUUGCAUCAAAUUCUUUUCCAAGCCAGUAAGCUGGCUUUUCCAUUCCUGAUGUCUGAUACUCCUGACAGCCAUCAGCAGGAAAGAUCCCAGAACUUUCCAGAAGCGUUAUGGAGUUUUGAAAGCACCAGUGGGACUCUCAUCUUCCACUUCCUAAGUAGUGAGAUGAUAAUAGUGUGGUAACACAGCUUUCUUGAGCCAUCAGAGAGUGUAUGUUCACCCCAUCUGGCUGUACCCUACUGACAAUGGACAGACUGAGGAGCUUUCUAGACAACUUAGAGCUAAGACCUGUGCAUAGACAAGGACGGCCUGUUCCUGUUUGUUUCGCUUUUAGGGACCUUGGCUGCCAUGUGUUCCUUUUUCAGUCAUUCAGUCUCCUGGGAACAUCUGAGCCUGGUCCUGCUCCUAAAUGGCUUUAUGACUGGGUGUAAGUCCCUUUCCCUUUACAGAUCUCAAAAUUUCAUCUGCAAAAUGAGGCUGUUGAAAAAAAAUGAGCCUCUAGAAACUAAAAAAAAAUUAUAAUAAGAAUCUUGUAAUACAUUCCUUCUCUUGCCAAAAUCCUGUCUAUAUCUGUGGCUUCUGUCCAGGCAAAGCCAAAUAAAACAGCAAAAUCAAAGCAGAGAAAUUCUUGCUGAAACUUGACUAAAAUCAUUUUGAUUUGUUUUACUCUUGCUUCAAGCCUGAGGGAGAAGACAGAAAGAGAAGGCAGAAGCCCUGUCUUAGGCAGAAAAGUUAUUUAUUCCUGCGCUCUUUUGUUUCCCUUGAAUCUUUCUAUGAUGCCUGGAACCAGGUCGAGGAUUUAGACAGGACACUUUUGGUGAAGUGAUAAGGGAGAGACUCUUUUCCUCAUCACCUGGCCCAGCGUUUCACCCCGCCUAGCUGUGUGUAACCGGCCUAGGAAGAAGUGUUGCCCCAGCUGUCUUUGCUCCAGGAAGGCUCUGUCUGAACAUGCUACUCUUCAGGAUAAUCAUAAAGCAUCUGCUACAUGCUGUUCACAGUACCAGGAACCAUGGAAGACAGACAUAUGGGAGACUCAGUCUGCUGUCAUAACUUACAGUCUGAGGUGAUGCAAAAAGCCCAAGGGUACUUAGAACAAACCAAGACAGAUUAAGGGCAGAACCCUGGCAUAUUAGGAUUAAGAGCUUUCUAGCCAAAAUCUAAACCUUCAUCAUGGGAAAACUCAGGUGUUCUGGGAAUCCCAAAGGCAGGGUUCCAGCCUAAUGGGUGACCCACUAGGAACUUGAGUGUUAGACUCCGCCCUGUUGUACCUUGAUUACCCUCAUGAAAAUGCAGAGAAAUGAAAAGUACUCUGUAGCUGGCCAAUCCAUUUUCUGAAUGGAUUCAAGCAUUUGUCUAGAGUGUGCUGGAGGAGGAAUUCCUACAUCAGGUGUGAUGUUGAACUAGACAACACCUAAAAUUCCUUUUUAGGCAGAGCUUAUCAGUGAAAAACACCUGUGGAUAAAAAUGCUGCAGGUGACUUCCACACCCAUUCUGGAAGGAACUAUAGCCAGCAGGGAUCCAAACUUUGGCAAGAAGUGAACAUAGCCCAAAUACCAGUCUUUUAAGGAAAAGCCAUGAAGCUGAAUGUAAGGGAAUGUGCAGGCCAUCCCAGAAGGACAGAAUAGGUGUUAAUCCUAACCCUCAGCCCUGGUACAGACCAGGGAGUUCAGCCACAUACAUUCUGUUCUCCUUUCCCUGCAUCAGUCCCCACUGGGUAGAAUUCCAGGCCAGCUCUAAAGAGUUUGUUUGCUUAAGAUUCAAAGGUGUAUAAGUAAAAUGGAUCAGUGAAAAAGAGAAGCUAAGCUCCAACAGAAAAGUUCAGUAUGGAGAAGAACCUCUUGGCCCAUUGAGGGUUCCUGAGAGAAAUUGUGUUUAACUCUGGAGUUGAAGAAGAACCUGAGGAUGGAUUUCCGUGACCAUACAAAAUAGGAAAGAGGAAAACCCAGACAUAGGCUUUUUGGAAGUCUGCCUCCGGGCUGAGAAGUCAGCUCUGUCACAAAUAGGUACCAUCUCCUUGACCUCUUGGAACAUUGGAAUGGCUAGGGGAUCCAGGUGUUCAACAUAACCAAAUUCACCCUGCUUACUAAGUUCUUUGUUGGCACCAGUGAAUGAACCUCUGGUUCAGCCACAGACCUGGAACUAAGCGGAAGCUGAUUGCUUAUACAGAAAGUGGAGGAAGGUCACUGCAAUCCUUCUCUGCUGGCUUGAUGCUGGAAAUGCCUGAGCUGGACGCUAGCUGGAGCAGUGCUCCACAUAACUUCCCUCCACAUUAAUAAGGAAGUCUGCAGAGUCCCUGUUGGGGGGCUCUGCUGGGCUUCUUUUCAGAGCACUUUAAGAGACGUGGGUGUCCAUGUCCAUUGCAGUCAGCACCUGAUCCUGGGCCUAGUGGGGAGUAACAAACAUUCACUGUCUCAAUUUGCAGAAGCCUUGUUGAUAGAAAGGACCUGAGAUCACAAAUACUUCCUCUCAGCUCAGAUUCUUCCCCUCUCCCUCAAUCAUAGCUUCUUAGACAAUAACGUCUGCCUGAGGGUUGUUCAGAAGCAAUGAGUAAAAGCCUUUUAAAAAAAGAAAAGCUCUAUGGGAGAGGACCUCUGAUAUCAUUAUGUGUGUUAUGCGUGCUUGGUGGAUGCCUGCGUGCUUGGUGGAUGCCUAUGACCCUGAUCUCUUCACUCUAGUUCUUGUAGCCAAGGAAGCGACCACUACUUUUCAUAGGAUUUACACAUAGGGCCUUUCUUCAUCUUGGGAUAUGUCCGGCUCUUACAAGCAAAAAAUACUCAAGUUAGGUCAGACUGGGGGAGGGGGGAGCACAUGAGGCCUUAACAUAAGGAUAUGGGUGGGUUAGUACAGCUAAGUGGUUAGAAGCAUAGACUCAAGUUGGACCUAGAUUCAAACCCUGGCUUCAUCAUUGGUAACAACUGGUGUGUUACUUAACCACCUCCGUCUACUUGCCUGUAAGAUAGGGAUAACACCCAUGUCUCAGAGGUGUUAGGGUUAGGAGGAAACCUGUGUAAGGUAUUUAGCACAGAGCCCAACACUUAGAAGGUGCUCAGGAUGGUGGCUGCUGGGAAAGAUUUUACAGGACCAGAAGGUGGUAAGACCAGGCUGAAUUCCAAGUGGAAAGUGUCGAGAAACGGGCACUCCACGAGGUGGCUGCUCUCUGGCUUGCUGGGCACGAUUACUUGAUGCCUCAGCUCUUUACCUGCUGUCGUCCUUUGCUUCCAUUUAGUGUACUCUUACUCUUGUCUUCUGUACUUAACGGUUCCCCAGGUUUCUGUGUGCCGUGACAUUGUGUGGCUCUGACUCGGCUUUUCUUAGUUCAGAUUCUGAGAAGGAAGUGGCCUAGCUCCUCUUUCUAUACCAGACCACAGAAGUUUUGAGCCAGCCCUUGGGUUGUCCCUUGCUUUGGCUUCCCUUGGGUUAGUGCUUAUCUUGGUUCAGGCAGCUGUUGUGGGGAGGGAAGUCACACGGCCCAGUGGAUUCACUGGGGAAUGGGCGCAUGGUGGCAGAGUAGCAUCUCUAGUACUGCCAGCAGGGGAGAGGAUCUGUUUAACCUAUAUGAGGGUUUCUUAAAAGAUUUCCACCUUAUGUGCACCAUCACAGACCAGAGCUCAUUGUCUCUUGCAUAAAGGACCUAGAAGGUGCUGUUACUGGAUCUUGCAAAAGCAGUAAUUUGUCACUUUCUAGCCUGUUAUUCCUCCCUUUUUGGCUCUAGUUUCUCUUUAAAUGAGCAGCUCAGGCCACAGUCACUCAUACACACACAACAGAAUUAAUGUGUAUCAACUUGGUCAAUUAAAUGGCUUCUUCAAAACAAUUAUUUUAAUCCUAAAACCACCGAAGAAGGCAGAUGGCUACAGCCCAGUCAGAGAAGCCCUACAAGCAGGGGGCAGCAAUCCUUUCAGAGAAUGCCAGGUUACAUUUCAAAUAAAAUGCUAAAAGCUCAGCUUAUGUGGCUUCGUGUUUGUUUACUAGCAAAGCCAGAAUUCACAGCAGAAUCUUGACAGAUUGAAAAAUUAAGCCACCCAGGAGAGUUUGUUUGGUUUUAAGAAGAUUUUAGGGUAUAUUUUUGGUUUAAAGAUUAUCUCGGGGCAGUAGUUUCAGGGGUUCAUCUAGCGUUCG